CGAGGAACUGGGCAUGCUCGGUGUCGCCGCAGCUUUGGGUCGCAAGUAGGAAGCCCGUGCACGACACCGGCGGCGCCGAGUGGAGCGCUGCCGCGGCGGCCUGGGCCGCAGGGCCGGCGUGGGAGCGCGAGACCGGGCGGCAGCGAGAGACCGCAGCCCGGGCUGUCAACCGCGCGGCGGGGUCCGAGCCGGAGCGGGAACGGACGGGACGCCCGCCGCGCGGCCCGAGGGCGCCCCCAGAGCGGAGCUGCGGCCGGGAGGAGGACGCGGCCAUGGGGCUGCUGUCCCAAGGCUCGCCGCUGAGCUGGGAAGAGACCCAGCGCCACGCCGACCACGUGCGGAGGCACGGCAUCCUCCAGUUCCUGCACAUCUACCACGCAGUCAAGGACCGGCACAAGGACGUGCUCAAGUGGGGUGACGAGGUGGAAUACAUGUUGGUGUCCUUUGAUCAUGAAAACAGAAAAGUCCAGUUGUUACUGAAUGGAGGAGAUGUUCUUGAAACUCUGCAGGAGAAGGGGGAGAGGACAAACCCCAACCAUCCAACCCUCUGGAGACCAGAGUAUGGGAGUUACAUGAUCGAAGGGACGCCUGGUCAGCCCUACGGAGGAACGAUGUCUGAGUUCAACACAGUGGAGGACAACAUGAGGAAGCGUCGGAAGGAGGCUACUUCUGUGUUAGGAGAACAUCAGGCUCUUUGCACCAUAACUUCAUUUCCCAGACUAGGCUGCCCUGGAUUCACAUUGCCAGAGCACAGACCCAACCCAGAGGAAGGAGGCGCAUCUAAGUCCCUCUUCUUUCCAGAUGAAGCCAUAAACAAGCACCCCCGCUUCGGUACAUUAACAAGAAAUAUCCGGCAUAGGAGAGGAGAAAAGGUUGUCAUCAAUGUGCCAAUAUUCAAGGACAAGAAUACACCAUCUCCAUUUGUAGAAACAUUUCCUGAAGAUGAGGAGGCAUCAAAGGCUUCUAAACCAGACCAUAUCUACAUGGAUGCCAUGGGAUUUGGGAUGGGCAACUGCUGUCUUCAGGUGACAUUCCAAGCCUGCAGCAUAUCCGAAGCAAGAUACCUUUAUGAUCAGCUGGCCACUAUCUGCCCAAUUGUUAUGGCUUUGAGUGCGGCAUCUCCAUUUUACCGAGGCUAUGUGUCAGACAUUGAUUGUCGCUGGGGAGUGAUUUCUGCAUCAGUAGAUGAUAGAACACGGGAGGAGAGAGGAUUGGAGCCUCUGAAGAACAAUCGCUUUAGAAUCAGUAAGUCUCGGUAUGACUCAAUAGAUAGCUACCUGUCUAAGUGUGGCGAGAAGUACAAUGACAUCGACCUGACCAUUGAUAAGGAGAUCUACGAGCAGCUCUUGGAGGAAGGCAUCGAUCAUCUUCUGGCACAGCAUGUUGCUCAUCUCUUUAUUAGAGACCCACUCACCCUUUUUGAAGAGAAAAUACACCUGGAUGAUGCCAACGAGUCUGACCAUUUUGAGAAUAUUCAGUCCACAAACUGGCAGACAAUGAGGUUUAAGCCUCCUCCUCCAAACUCAGAUAUUGGAUGGAGAGUAGAGUUCCGACCAAUGGAGGUGCAGUUAACAGACUUUGAGAACUCUGCCUAUGUGGUAUUUGUGGUACUGCUCACCAGGGUGAUCCUCUCGUACAAACUGGACUUCCUCAUCCCACUGUCCAAGGUUGACGAGAACAUGAAAGUGGCACAGGAGCGAGAUGCUGUCUUGCAGGGGAUGUUUUAUUUCAGGAAAGACAUUUGCAAAGGUGGCAACGCAGUGGUGGAUGGGUGUAGCAAGGCCCAGACCAGCUCCGAGCCAGCUGCAGAGGAGUACACUCUGAUGAGCAUAGACACCAUCAUCAAUGGGAAGGAAGGGGUGUUUCCUGGACUCAUCCCCAUUCUGAACUCCUAUCUUGAGAACAUGGAAGUCGAUGUGGACACCCGCUGCAGUAUUCUGAACUACCUAAAGCUAAUUAAGAAGAGAGCAUCUGGAGAACUAAUGACUGUUGCCAGGUGGAUGAGAGAGUUCAUUGCAAACCAUCCUGACUACAAGCAAGAUAGUGUAAUAACUGAUGAGAUCAACUAUAGCCUCAUUUUGAAAUGCAACCAAAUUGCAAAUGAAUUGUGUGAAUGUCCAGAGUUACUUGGAUCAGGAUUUAGAAAAGCGAAGUAUAGUGGAGGUAAAAGCGACCCUUCAGACUAGGCAUCCAGCAGAAAGAGGGUGCAUUGCUGUUGAGUGGAUGGCCUGACUCCUGGCCUGCUCCGAUGGUGUGAAGACCAAGAUGGCCGCAGUGUUUCUGCACCAGUUGCCUGCAAAUGACUAGAAGCUUCCUUCAGUAGGCAUAUCUGAGUUUGUACAUGUAUAUACUAAAGUAUUUUUAUGAUUAACAAUGUAUUUUAAUAACAUUGUAUCUAAAGUCAUAGUGAACUGGCUUGUACAUUUUGAAUUCUUACUCUGGAACAACUACUGUCUAAGCAGUUUUGUAAAUGUAAUUGUACAAUAAUACCUGCAUUCCAGAGUUUCAAAUGUUUACUGUAAAUCUUCUUUUAAUACUACCUGGGACCUGAUUCACUGAAAUUUACUUUAAAAAAAAAAAAAACUUUCUCAUACCUGUUUCUUGAGUGGCCUCUUUUGCUAUGUACGUAGUCACUGGACUGCACUGCUCCCCCCUGAGGCCGAAGCACCUGACCUGGGAUAUUUCCUUUCCAAAGCAGCCCCACUCUCUCGCCACUGAGCUCUGCUAGCUCUUAGAAAAGAAACUACUUUCAGAUUUGCCUAGUAUACAGACUCAGAAUAUUUAGUUUCAUCUGAAAAGGAGAAUCAUUUCCUUCAAUGUACACCACCAGCUCUGUCGGAUGGGUCCGCCCUUCCUUUACCACCUGCUGUCUGACCACUCUGCUAAUGAGUGAUCAGUUCAGUGCAGUGGCCAAGCUUUCCUGCCCUUUCACUAGUUUGUGGUAGCCGAUUGGCAGGCUGUCUUCUAACAGCCAUUCAUUUCAUUCCAGAUUUUCCCUGGGGAGUAUUCUACACCCCGCUUGCUUUCUCUGUAAAACUCACAAAUCAAUCAUGAAAUGCACUAAGUUUUGUGAAUCAGGACCCUAAAUGUUUAAUUGUAAAUAAUUUGUUUCAUAGAUUGCUUUUAGCUUUGUGUUAUCUUUUUAAUUGUUAACUAAAUUUAACUACUUCUAAAAUAACUGUACUGUAGAUUAAGCCAAGCUUUACAGAUAUAAAUAUUUACACUGUAAUGCUAAUUUUGAGAGAUUGCAAUAAAGCCGCUUCAGCUUAAAGCUUUAAAUAUUAGAAUUGGCUCUAAAUCUCAUUUACUUUUAAAGAAAUUAUUUUUUCUACAGUUCUCUUAUGUAAAUUAGGUUGUAAAAAGGGUAAAAUGUUCGUGGUGUGAGAAAAUAAAAGAAUGGGAUUCAUACUCAAA